AUGGCUACCCACCGUCACUAUUAUCAGCCCGCCGCUGCCAUGCACAUGCCGUCCAAGGCACCGGGCCCAGCAAACAUGUACCCUGUGUCUCGGAUGCCAAGAUCGCCGCCAGAGUAUUCCGACGCCAGCACUACCGCCGGCAGUCGUUCUUCUGGCGGACUCACCUUUAGCUCCGCCGGCGGCGAUUACGACUCCAGCUCGGCAUCGUACUCUGGCGUGGAUGUCGUGGAUGUCCUGAACGAACGGAUGCAGAAUUCCUUCGAUCCGACACCUCUGGAUCGAGGACUGGCGAAGCAGGCACAAACUUCUGGUCACCUCAACGCAAAGCAGCAAGAGCUGCUAGAACUGCAAGCCCUAGCCCAGCGCCGGCUGAAGGGGGUACGAGCCAACUUCAAUGAAGGACUCAAGACAGCCCGCGAAACUAAGCGAGAUCUCGAAUGGACGCAGAAGCGUGUCAGCGCGCUGAAGAGCAAGGCCGAGAAGGCCCACCCGGACGAAUACCGACGGGCCUCGAAGAAGUACACCUUUGACGACUACUGA